CGCGCACUGAGACAACGUGAUUCCGCUCCCCGGAUUUAAUAACAACAGAAGCUACACUACUGCUUCUGGGCGCUCAGAAGCAGAGGAGAUUUGUUAAUUGGAAACCGUACACGUAAAACGUUUGAAGCGUAGCUGCUCGUUAGUUUUUUUUGUUGAGACAGUAAGUGUAGAUUGUUACAGUUUGCUCUCUGUGUUUACACUCAAAGGCUGACUCUGACGAUCAUGAAAUAGCAUUGUCCGUGGCAUCCAUGAGCUGUCUGUUAUAAACAUCGUCAAUUACGGCAUGUGCUCUGUUCGUUGGCUUGUUUGAUGGGGCUUUUACGGAUGAAGAUGCCGCCUAAGUUUCAGCUUUUGGCUCUGCUGGCCUUCGGGGUGGCAAUGAUAUUUUUGGAGAACCAAAUCCAGAAGCUGGAAGAAUCACGGGGGAAGCUAGAACGAGCUAUUGCCAGGCAUGAGGUACGAGAGAUUGAGCAACGGCACAUUCAUGAGGGAAUAAAAGAGACCCUGAUGGACGAGGAUGAUUUGGUGGUCAUCUACAACAGAGUACCAAAAACAGCCAGUACUUCCUUCACCAACAUCGCCUAUGACCUGUGCAGCAAAAACCACUAUCAUGUGUUACAUAUUAAUACCACCAAAAACAACCCCGUCAUGUCCCUCCAGGACCAGGUCCGGUUUGUUAAGAAUGUGACGUCAUGGAAGGAGAUGAAGCCUGCUUUCUACCAUGGACAUGUGUCCUUUUUAGACUUCACUAAAUUUGGAGUGAAGAAAAAGCCUAUUUAUAUUAAUGUUAUCCGUGACCCGAUUGAGCGUCUGGUGUCAUAUUACUACUUCCUGCGCUUUGGUGAUGAUUACAGACCAGGCCUACGACGCAGGAAGCAAGGAGACAAAAAGACCUUUGAUGAGUGUGUAGCUGCAGGAGGCUCUGAUUGUGCUCCAGAAAAACUAUGGCUUCAGGUUCCUUUCUUCUGUGGUCACUACUCCGAGUGCUGGAACAUUGGCAGCAAAUGGGCUUUGGAACAAGCCAAAUACAAUCUGGUGAAUGAAUAUAUGCUAGUUGGGGUGACCGAGGAGUUGGAGGAUUUUGUUAUGAUGUUGGAGGCAGCUCUCCCUCGGUUUUUUAAGGGAGCCACGGAGCUUUAUCGAACAGGUAAGAAAUCACACCUAAGGAAAACAACUGAGAAGAAGGCACCCACCAAAGAGUCCAUUGCCAGACUGCAGCAGUCGGACAUCUGGAAAAUGGAGAAUGAAUUUUAUGAGUUUGCGCUAGAGCAGUUUCAAUAUGUCCGGGCCCAUGCGGUGAGAGAAAAAGACGGCGAACUGUAUUUACUGGCACAAAACUUCUUCUAUGAGAAAAUCUACCCAAAGACUACCUGACACUCAAAAAUGUGCCAUCAUGCAGAAACACUGGACAGGAGAAGACAUUACACUGAUGGAUACUGCGACUUUUCUCCAUCUGGAUAUGUACAUCUGGGGCAGCUUAUGCUGUUACAUGAAGUCUUCGGGCCAAACAGCCGUCACGACUUGAGUCCCAAUACAUGUCAUUUUAAUAAACAUUUAACAGCUCUCUGAGCAUUAAUGACUGAGAUCUUGUUCAUGCCAUUAUACAAGACAGUCAUUUUGCCAUGGAUUGUUUUUAUACAGGUCCCCAUUUCAUUUUAUACUGCCCCAUUCUGAGAGCUCACUUUCUCUCAUUUAUCGCAUUUUUUUGUUUGACUGAAUAAUGUUGUGGUAGAAGUUAUUAAAUCUUGUUUUAAAGUCUAAAUCAGAAUAUGGAUGACUACUGAACUUUGAGGUUCUUUAUUGUAAAAGAUUCACUGUACUGUUUGAUAUAAUACGUACCAAUAACGUUUCUGGUACUAUAGGAAAUGUACUGUAUUGAGUUCUUUACAUGUUAAAAUACUUUUCUUUGUUAAUAAUUCCACAAUUGCUGUUUGCUAAUUUAACCCAGAAGCUUCUGUUCACAAGCUUAAGGUUUAUUCCUUUUUAGCAAUUUAGUGUUUUUUAUCUUAAAGUAUAUGUAAAUACUCAUCAGUUGGACCAAAACAUUUAAACGUGAGAGGACAAUGUAUUCAACAUGGUUUUGGUUUGUUUGGGGGUUUUUUUGUUACUACAUUCUCAGAAAACAGGUACAAGAAGGUAGAAAAGGUGUCACUGGGACAACACCUUUUCAAAAAGGACACUGGUACCUCAAAGGUAUAUAUCUGAAACAUAUUAGGACAUUUUUAUCAUCCCAGUGACAACUUUUGUACCUUUUUUCUGAGAGUGUAUCUGCAUGUGGAUCAUUCUGCUGCUGUCGCUUCAUGGCAAGCAAGCAUCAGUUGUAAAAUACUUUUUAUUGGCUUAUUAAUAUUUUAAAACAGUUUUCGGCAUAAUGUUCAAACUGACAUUAUUGCAAAGAUUUGCAUGUCAGUCUUUUAUUUUAACAGGCAAUUAGUUUGCUGCUUAGUAAUAAUUUAGAAAUUAUAUAAUAUUAUAAACGUAUAAUUUAAAAUUGUAUAAAUGUGGAUGUUUAUUGGAAGAAACAAUUUAACAUUUCAUUGGUACUGUGCCUUCUUUUUAUGACAGAAAACAUCUACGAGACAAAGCUGUUGCUACAACGUCUCGGCAUGUGAAUAGGUCAUGAAUCAAAGUUGAAACAGACAACCUUAUAAAAUCGUUUGCUUUCAUGAUGGUACUACAAGAUUGAAAGUCCAGUUUCACAAUGCAACUUGUCCAAUGAGAACUGUACAUAAAUUGGUAGUGUUUAUAUACUGUAUGUAUAAUCUUACCACAGAUUUGUGCAUGUUACAACAACACAGAAUUUGCUUAAAACCAUGUGCUGGAAAGAAUAUUUUCCCCCACACCCAUCUUAGACACAAUAUGAGUAAUGAUGUAGAUGUUUGUGACAAAAAAUCACUCAACGAUAUCUUGGGGUCCUUAAAGCGUAUUUUAGAGCAUCAAAAGUAAAGAAUAUAUAAAACACGAGAAGUCUGUACAGAUGAAAGAGUUACCUGUGCUUUGUUUCUAAAUGCCACAUGGUGAGCCUUUAUUUCUCUAUUCCUUGUCUUAAUUUGAAACAAAAUGUGUCUCCUGGCAGUGUUUAGGUGGAUAUUAAAAGAUUUUCUUCAGUAGAUUUUUGUAUGUCUUAAAUAAAAGCAGCCUGAUACUUUU